UACACCCUCAUUUCGUCCAAUCUUGCUCACGGGCAAUUGGUACAGACGAUGGUUGUAGCUGGACGAACAAUCCGAACUUACGUUCACUAGUCAUUUAUUGUUGCCGCGUCCACGACUGGAGCGCGGCCUGCGACGACACGGGUUGGCUGAUUGAUCAAAUUGUCAAUGGAUGGGUUUGUGAAGUUGCGUUCGAGUUUUUGGACUCUCCUGAGCAGGUCGGGGCGGACAUGGUGUACAUGCGCACCAUCAAUGGAGUUGGUACAUGCCGAGGCAGAAAGACCCACCGUCGCCCUCUCCUGGCAGCAAUCAAACCAUAUAGAGGAAAGAGAACUGCCAUUCGCCACCACGUUGAGAGUUGUUGGUGAUGCUGAUGUUGGCGCUGAUGCCAUGCGGUCCUUCCGUAUAAUCGAAGAAGAAUUGCAGCAUCAUGGCUGGCGGGGCCGCGGCAUGAUCAGAACCUCAACCUGUAUGCGUCAGAUAUCUUUUCGUCUCAGAGUCACUAGGACUUAGGUGUGAUUAUUUGGUCCAUGCUUUCUACGAAUCAAUUCUGAUACGUU